CAUGCUAGACCUUCCAGCAAUUUCCCGUGGACUGAUUUCCCGUUGCCGACCCUGCCUGUCUGGACUUCCCUGCCUUGCCUGUGCCCCGGUCAACGACUCAGCCUUCUGUCCCCGACCCCGAGUUUAGCCUCCGCUUCCUCUGGUUUCCGUCUGCCUGAUCCCCUGCCUGUUUCCUACUGCCGUUUUCCAUUCAUCCCCCUCCCGUAUGCGAACUAGAUGGUAAGCAUCUCUCAAAUCCAGUUUAGAGAAAAUGGACGCCCCUUUUAACAGCUCAAAGUCAGAGGAAAUGAGUGGAAGAGGGUACCUUUUCUUGACCAUGACGUCAUUCAGGCCUCUGUAGUCGAUGCAUGGACGCAGGGAUUUGUCCUUCUUACCAACAAAAAAGAAACCAGAACCAGCGGGAGAGGAAGAGGGGCGGAUAAUACCAGCAGCCAGAGAGCUUUGAAUGUAUCCGUUCAUGGCCUCCGUCUCAGGGGCAGACAAGGAGUAGAGACGACCCUUAGGAAGAGAGGCCCCAGGGAGGAGUUUGAUGGUGCAGUCAUAGGGCCGAUGGGGGGGGUAGGGAGGGAGCGCGGGAUUUGUUGAAAACCUCCCUUAAAUCCAGGUAGACAGGUGGAACAUCAGAGAGGUCAGGAAAAUCUGAGGAAGCGUCAGAGUUCUGGGGGAGGCAGACACAAGGCAGGAUGAGAAACAGAAUGCACUCCACCCCAAAAUCAACCCAGUUGACCAGUCUAUGUGUGGGUUGUGUCUCUUGAGCCAAGGCAGGCCCAGAAUGAGUGGCACAUCAGGUGAGUCAAUGAUCAAAAAUGAGAGCAUCUCAGUGUGGUUACCUGACAUAGUGAGGCUCAGAGCUGGAGUGCGGUGGGUGACAAGGCAAAGGGGCACAGGGAGUGGUUCUGGGAUCAGCUGGAGCUGCUUCGCUAACCCCCGGUCCAAGAAGCUCUCAUCAGCUCCAGAAUCCACGAACACCGCCAGUUCCAGGGAAACCUCAGGAGAGGUCAGACGAGCGUGGGUUAAAGGUCUGGAGGGACUAGGGGAAGUGGAGGUUCGGCUCACCAAUAACCCUCUCCUUAUUGAUGAGCCCGGUCUUUUAAUGGACAUGAAGCCAAAAAAUUACCCAGCUUCCCGCAGUAAAGGCAUCUCCCUUCCCUACUGCGGCACUGACGUUCCUCAGAAGAGAGGGGGGUGCGCCCAAGCUGCAUGGGUUCCUCCUGACCACUGGGAGACAAUGUGGCGCUGUCCGCUGCCUUCACUGGACCAGAAGGAGGAGCAGAAAGGCAGAAAGGCAGAAUGGCAAAGACUGCCCCCAUCGAGCUGGCGGUCUAUCGGAGAAUCGAGCCUUCUCCAUCCCCCUCUCAUGGAGUCGAUUGUCAAUCUAUAUGGCCAGGGUGACCAGAGAAUCGAAGUCGGAAGGCAGAUCAAGUGGGGCCAGGUGAUCCUUAAUGUCCUCAGAAAGACUGUGCAGGAACGUGUCAGAUAA